AGGAAUAUUGUAUAGCAUGUCAUGCGGAGCAUGUUUUCAGGAUAUCGAGUGUCUACUCUCUCCCUAGUCAGACCCAGGCUUGGAAUGCGCGCUAUUUCGCUAUCGUCACACGACAUGUCUGGGAAGUAUUCUAUAUCGCCUAAGCGUCUUACCCUAAUUACUUCUAUCUGCACCGGGAACAGCUACAUUCACAAGAACUAAACGUAAUCUUUCGAUAUAGGACACCCUACAAUAACGUCACGAAAAUUUAAAGGGAAACAUCGUGAUACUCGAACUCAAUCACGCAUUUGUGUAGUGGUUCCUUAUUCCUCUGAGAACGUGACAUCGGGGAUCGCCUUUUAUGAGCUGUUUUAUGUAGUGAUGUUGAUUUAACGUCGACGGCGCUGUUAAGGAAUAUAAGAAGCCCUAAAGGAUUUCCCAGACUGCAAUGCUAAUUGCCAUGGUAACCGCUAGCCAAUGAGUUGACCCAUGCCUGAGACGCAGUACAAUGAUGCUGUUGGAAGACUGGGGCCGACAUUUGCUUACGUCACAUUAUUCGUCACCACCACCGCGCUGGUUGUCGGGAUAAUAUGCAGAUUUCUGAAGGAAUUAUGCAGACGACUAAAAAGGAAGCGAACGCGAAAAGUCUCGAAGAUGUCCACCAUCAGCGUCUCCAGUCAUUCGGAACCCGUAAAGCUCCGCCGGGAAAGCUCUAUACGGGGAUCUUUACGCUCAAUUCAGGAAAAACUGGUUUCCGCCAGUACCGAGACUUUGACGCCACGCGGCGUGACAUUCCAAUCACCAGCUUUCUCCAUACCAAAGACACGCUCCAACGUCCUACAGCAACCGCUCCCGGAGUUCUCACAGAGUAGGACUGGGCCGAAGGAUGAUAAACGAAUAUCCCUGGUCGCCAUGUAUUUCACUGACGAACAACUCGCACUUGAGUCCAUCGAACCCGAUGAGUACAAGAAUUUGGACCACACGGUUACCAUAGGAACCGACCAGAAUCUCGGACAGCUUAACUUCAUCGUCAAAUACUCGGACCGGACGCGUAAACUCACGGUGCACCUCAUUUGCGGACGCGGCUUUCCUCCGCGUGACUUUUCUGGAAGUUUGGACACUUGCGUGACUAUUGCGUUACUUCCGGACCGCACGAACCGGAAACAGACUGCAAUCCAUCGUCGUUCCACGAGCCCUUUGUAUAAUGAGACAUUCGUGUUCAGGAUCACUGCGGACGAGGAUGUCUAUUCUAUGAGUUUGUUAUUUGUGACGUUUUAUUAUGACCAGUAUUCGCAUAGUCACGUGCUAGGCGAGGAACAAGUGCCGUUAGUAGCAUUCCAUCUUGGUGAUGAGACCAUGCUCAGAUGCUUUCUGCGGGAGUCUUCGGUGAGUCAGACGCAGAGCUCGUCCCUCGUGUCGGCCAUACAGAGCAUGUCACAUGCACUUGUCGGAGAUAUUCUCAUUUCAUUGCUCUACACCACGAAAGAACAGACCUUGAACGUGUCAAUCAUGAAGGCAAGCAACCUUUCAACGAGCUUGGCUGCGUCAAAUGAAAAGCUCUACGUAAAGGCUGUGUUUUCUCAUGAAGGUCAAAAAGUCGGCAAACGCAAGACUGAACUACACGAGGUCGGAACUAAGUACACAGUAUUCAACGAAAUACUGCUAUUCCGAGUUCCACGAGAGACUCUCGAACGAGCGACGCUCACAGUCUCGCUUAAUCGAUACAACGUCGUCGGCAAGUCGUCCACGAUCGGAGAAGUCGCCUUUAGCCCGAUGUCAAAGGGACCAGAGAGUGUUAUUGGAUGACCUCUUUGGCACAUUAUGGGAAACCAAAGUUUUUGGGUUCCGGGGGAAGUAUGGUUGCAAAA